AUCACCUUCCCCAGACUUCGUCUGACGAUGCUGCUGCUGCUCCUGUUUCCCGUGGUCUUUCCCCUGCCCUCCGGGUCUCAGGCUGGGGAGAUCAUUGGAGGCCAGGAAGCCCGGCCUCACUCCAGACCCUACAUGGCCUUUGUGAAAAUACAGAGAGAAGGAAAGGGAGCAAACAUGUGCGGAGGGUUCCUGAUCCGGGAGGACGUGGUGGUGACGGCAGCUCAUUGUAACUGCAACCUUGGCAACAUCUCCGUGCUGCUGGGGGCCCACAACUUUGAAAUAGAUGAACUGGGGACACAGACAAUCUGGGUACGUCGCCGAAUCCCCCACCCAAAAUUCAAUAGUGAGACGUUUGAAAAUGACAUCAUGCUGCUGCAGCUGAGGGACAAGGCUGAGCUGACCCAGACUGUGGGCACCAUCCCCCUGUCCCAGGAGAAGGUGAAGAAGGGGGCAGUGUGCAGCGUGGCUGGCUGGGGCCAGACCAGUGUCAAAACAAACACCUGGCCCUCCCCGACCCUGCAGGAGGUGGAACUGACAGUCAUGGGCAAGAGCAUGUGUCUGUCUCGGCCCAUUCUGCACUAUGUCCCGUCCAGGAUGCUGUGCGUGGGGGACCCCCAGGAGAGGAAGGCACCAUUCCUGGGCGACUCCGGGUGCCCCCUAGUCUGUGAUGGGAAGGCCCAGGGCAUUGUCUCCCAUGGCAGCGGUGACUGGUCAACUCCCAGUGUGUUUACCAGGCUCUCCAAAUACGUGAGCUGGAUCAAGAACACUCUGCACAAGCUGAAGCCUUAGAGGGGAGUGUCUAUCUCUAGUGUGACUGGAGAGAUAGAUGGGUAUUGCAGAGGGAUGGCCGGCUAUUGCAGAUGUAUGUAUGUAUGUAUGGAUGGAUGGAUGGAUAGAUAGAUGUGUAGCCAAUGACUUUAGUUUAUUGCUCAUUUAUUGUGUGAGGUUACGAUUAAACCACAUGUUAUGCCAUACAUAAUCUUUCUAUGCUGAUUAGAGUUAAAUUGUAGGAUUUCAGAAAUAUAAGAUUGAUCAGGAGUUAGAAGCGAGAAUUAGGAUUUCAGUAAUUUCUGGGUAAGGAGGGCUCAAACGCAAGGCCUACAGGCUGAGGCCUGUAAGAUAGCGGCUUAGCCCCACUAGGCCACAGGCUUAAGCAAUGCUUGACGUAAGUGACCAAAGAAUGACCCUAUGCCACAAGAUUACGGGGAAAGAUGUACCCCUAUGUGGUGCUG